UCAUAACAUUACACAAUAAAUUCAACAUGGCUGUCUACGGUUGGGGUCAUUUGCGGCAAAUUUUUCUUAAUUUCUGUAUACUGUAGCUAUUUUCAUUAAGAAAAUACAUUGCCUUAUACCAAAUAAUGUAAGUCAAUGUGUAUAAUAUAAAAUUCUUCCGGGUACUGAAGAUGCCAGUUAACUCUUUAUCAGAAACGACAAAAGGUGUUGCGAGAACUAAAUUAUCCCUCUCUCUUAGAAGAAAUAAUGCAACAAAUCCGAUCAACGCAAAUCAGAAACCAGGAGAUUUAAAGGACAGCUCUUACAAGGGAUCAAAUGACAAUAAAGAGAAUAAACCAGUGAAGAGACCUAUAACAGGCACAUAUCUUAAUACAUUGAAUGCUGCUAAAAAGCUUAAGCCUUUGACUGAAACGUCGAAACCGAAAGAAACAGUUAGUGAGCCACAGCUAGUUGUAUUUGAACCAUCAAUAAGUAACAUUGAAAUGUUGAAUGGCCACCAUCCUUCGGACAACCAGUAUGGAGGGAGUACACAGUGGAAAGCCCCCAUUGCCACUCUGUCUAAUCUUGGAAAUACUUGUUUCCUCAAUAGUGUACUAUAUACCCUACGAUAUGCUCCACAAUUUGUGCACAACCUCCAUCAUCUAGUGUCCGAUCUCACUAGAGUGGAACAGAAAUUGGGCAGCAUCAGGUUAAAAAGCUCAUCUCUGGGACGAAGUGCAGCUGGGCUUGCAUCUUCUGGUACUAGAUCAUGGAGCAGUAAAGAUUUGUUAUCUCUGGGACAAUCGGAUAACACCACAGGAAAAAGUAAAAUACAGAUAGCCACAGAGAAGCUUCAUGAAACAUAUCUUAGCCUACGGGCCGCGGAAAGCAAGUGCAUAAACAGUGGUGCCGCUGAUGCCAGCCCGGAACCAUAUGCUGCUGAUGCAUUUCUAGCGGCAUUGAGAGAAGUCAACUCUACAUUUGAAGGUAAUCGGCAACAAGAUGCACAUGAGCUUCUUGUUUGUAUCUUGGACAGCAUUAGAGAAACAUGCAGAGCUCUAAGUGCAAGAGCUUCCCGUCUUCAAUUACAUGAAAAUGGCGACAGCAAUGGCCUCGGUCGCCAACCCAGCCUUGACGGUGAUGGCAGUAAGACGUUAGGACAUCUCCGUAAGUCGUGGAAAAAGCGCAAGGAAACAAAAACCACUGAUAAAAGAAGCUCGCCCUCAGAAGAACGUCCGCCUUCACCGGAUCCUGAGAAGGAUGAACGCUCGAGGCCUGGCUGGGACUUUGUUGCUGAUGAUUUUGAAGGUACCAUGGUUGUUCGAACUAUGUGUCUGGAGUGUGAGGCGGUGACGGAGAAAGCUCAAGCUGUGUGUGAGCUCUGUGUGCCAGUAGGUGAUGAUGAUACAAAUGAAGAACCAUUUAGAGCUGCAUGUCUCUCUAGUGAAUAUUUGAGGGAUCAGAAUAAGUAUUGGUGUGAGCGCUGCCUGCGCUACAACGAGGCUAGACGCAGUGUCGCGUAUUCGCGACUGCCACGGCUGUUAGUGUUGCAGCUCAAGCGCUUCAGCGGCGGCAUGGAAAAGAUCACAAGACACGCGCCCACGCCACUUCUCAUGCCUUGCUUCUGUGAGCCGUGUGCCAAACGGCCACCUGAUCAUCCACCCACACACAGAUACAUCCUAUGGGCGGUGAUAAUGCACCUUGGUCAGGCGUUGACCGGUGGCCACUAUGUAGCGUACGCGAGAGAUCGUUCCAACGGUGACGGCGAGGUGGCCAGCAAAUGUGAGAGAACUGGCGGUGGUGAUGCGGCAUCUACCAACAGCGGCUCAAGCUUCAUGCGAACUCUAUUUAAUCGCCCGAGAGCACAACCAUCUGGCUGCGCUGCCAACGAUUGCUGUGUACCGCGCCCUCGGCUAGACACCUGCUGGCUGGCCUGCGACGACGACCUCGUCAAACCCAUAUCAAAUGAAGAGUUCGAGGAUCUAUUAUCCGCCGAGCCGAAAAUGCGCUCCGCAGCAACACCAUACUUACUGUUCUACGUGAAGAGCGAAGUCGGUUAAUAAGUGCUCGACUAGAUGGCACCGAACAAAUAGCGUAGAUGGUUGUUGGUACAUUACCAGUAUGCUUCAGUCAGUGUUGUGUGUUCAGUAGCCUGUCUGUUCCGAGUUGAUUGAAUGUUAUAAUAUAUAACUGUAAUAUUGAUUUAUAUGCUUAAAAAGACAAUCGGGGCGGAUAUUUAGAUGUGUUCGCCCGAGUGAUAUUAUGAAUGUAGCGAGAUGUAAUGAAACUAGGGUACGAUGACAUCGGUUAAUAUAUUUUAAAGUAUAUAUAUAGAGCAAUUUCACUCUUAUCACAUUGUUACAAUUGGACAAUAUUAACUAAAUUUUAAAUGAAUACCUAUAUAAUUUUCUAAGAUUUAUACCAUUCAUUGUAUUGAUGGUUAAAAAAAUAUUAAAACAAUGUUGACAUCAAAUAUUAACAAUUAUCAAUUUUAUGCUAAUCAAAUAAUAAUGACAAUAUAGGCCUAAAUGUAACUUACAAAUUAUUGACAUAUUAAAAUGUUUAUUGAAAUCUUGAAAGAAAUAUUUUCUGAUUGUCAGCCAAGUGCUUUGAAUGGGUAUUAUUUGGCCUUAUUUUCUAUAUUCUAUAUUUUCUAUAAUUUAAAAUUGGAACUAUAUGUAAUAUAAAAAAUGAAAGUAUAUUCACACAGUAUUACCACGAAUGCUGUAAGUGCACUUUGUCCUAUUAGAUAUUAAUAAGAAGGAAGUAUAUAUAUAUAUAUAAUAUGUAGUUUUCCAAAAAUGUACAAGUCCCUUCCACUUGUCUUCGUGGUAGCACUGUUCUUGCGCACCAAGAUAUGUUCAAUUUUUUCAUGUCAAAUUUGAAAUCCUAAUUCUCUUAUUGUAAGCCUUGGAUGUAGAUAAUAGACUCUUUACUUAUUUUUAUUAUAUAAAAUUGAACAUUGGGACUAAAACUAUAAAUUUGUGUCUGCUUAUAUGACUGCUUCUUUAUAAUUAACAUUGAUAUACAAAUUUUGCUGAAUAUAAGACUUGCCUUCCCACAGAUUAUUUUUAUAGUCUUGGUAUAUAUACUUCUUGCGAUAGCUAUUUAAUCACAGAUUUUUCUACGUGUCUUGAAGUGAAUCUUGUUAAAUACUAAUAAUUUUUACAACAACUUAAAAUUCAUUUUGAGUAAAAUAGAGAGAUGUUUUUAUUUGCAUUAUGAAACUUUUUUUUAAGUAAAUUGUCUCAUAUUAUGUGUAAAAAAACCUAUAUUCUGAUGUAUUUGUGAUGUUAUUCAAUGUUUGUGUGUUCUGCACUUCGAAGAUAUAUGAAUGUGAUUAUCCCCAGUGUCUAAUAAGUCUGUCAAAAUACCUCAUAUCUGUGACCAGUUUCCGGUUUUGAGUUUUUUUUUUUUGUCACUGUAAAGUAAUUGCUUCUGUAUUUGUAAGCUGUAUAUUUGUUGUGGAUGCCAUUCCAAAACCUUUGAAAAAGGUAAAAUUCUUGUCAGUAGAUAUCUAAUUAAUUAAUUUUAUUACAACACAUUAUGGUUAAUUUUCAUUGUAAAUUGGAUUGGAAUAAAUAUAAUUUGAAUAAA